ACUUCCGGUGAGAAUUUUCAAAAUUAAACUCGAACUAAACAUCUAGAGGGAUUUGUACUAAAAUAAAACAAUUUAAUAAAUUACAGAUAGCAGCGUAUAAUAUACAUUUUUUUCUUUUAACUAAAAAGCAACACUACAGUCUUACCACUUAUUUUCUAAAGCUGGAAACAGAUACAUUUAAGAGUGAUGAUACAUACUUGCAGCUGUGCAGCCAAAAUUAUGGGUCAUGGAUGCAAACUCCUUCCUAAAUAUAGUUUACAGCUGUGCUUAUUAUUCACCUACAGCAUAGCCAGACGAACCUGUCAGGCAAACGCUUCCUGCUAACAGGAAACUGUGAAUGCCCUGUUACCUCCAACAUCCUGAUAAUCCUGUACCUCCGCAAAUGCUGUUCUAGGUAAAAAAAAUAUAUGGAGUUAUGUGCUGCAAUGUUUUUGAGACAACUCUAGAUGUGACGUCAAAAGAUAACAACAGACAACUUAAUGAUGUGACUAAGUCAUAGUGAAGCUUAUCACGGGAAACGGUGCUAAACAGACUAAAUCUAAAAUCAGCUCAGACACGACACAAGUACUCCGAAUAGAUUUUUCACAUUUUACACAGCAUUUAUUAAACAUUCAAACUAAUGAACCUGAUGCUUGAUAACGUUUGAUAAUAUUUUUUUAUAAUGAGAGCAUGGACAACACCCCUCCCUGGCCCUGCAUUGCAGCUUAAACUUUACUGACGGUCACUGAAUGCAGCGUUUCCUCCAUGGAGAUUCAUGUGGCGGGAGACACAUCGCUCGCAAGCUUCAUUUAAGUAUUCGUAGUUGUAUACACUGGAUCAAAACACAAUGAAUCAUUUGAAGAACAUAAAAGACAUAUUGAGCAUUCCAACUGGAAGCAGAAAUGUGGCCACCAGCGGAUACUCCAGUUUCGCAGACUCUCAGUUUUUUCUUGGGUCUCAGUUUUGGCCUGAGAAUUUUCAAGGCACGUCUCAAGAUAUGAGUUUAUCCCAACAAAGUUCCCUAGAGGGAAGUGAGCCAAAGUUCUCAAACAGUUAUCACACUAAACCUCUCUUAUUUGGAGAACUGAAGGACAAAACAAGAACAUUUGGAAUUCUGGACAAAUUUGAAGAGAACAGAAAAAAGGCGAAAGAGAAACAUGACACUGAUGUAUUGGCUGCAGACUGUCAUGAUAUUAGAGAAACUCUCAAAAAUAUCCAGCAAGUGGUUGCUGACACUGAGAAAAAUACAACCGUGUGUCAAACAGUUCUUGAAAGAUUUGACAGUUUUGCAUCUACAUUAAAAAACAACCUAAAUGGACUUCAGAGUGACAUUUCUAGGCAGUUUGAGACUUUGUUGAAUGAAGUUAACUCUCAAAAAGGUGAGAUGAGAAACCUAGAGGAGACGAUGAAAAAGGGUGAAGCUACCACAGCAGAGCAUGGUUCGAAUCUGCAAAUCUUAAAGAGUAGCCUGCAGAGUCUGAAAGAGGAGCAGGAAAAAGGCAGCCACGUGCUUGAAGAGGCCCUGAAGCUGCUGAGCACCCUAGUUUCAGAGCAUUCAGCUAAAAUCGGUCCUGAGAGAGUAAUGGACAGUGCAAUUCAGACGUCACCAGGGCUGGAACAGUCACUCUCAAACAGCCUCCAGGAAAACAAGCUUGAAGGCACACAGCCUUUAUGUGCAUCACAAAACCUUCAACACAUUCAGUUAGAGGUUCCGCCCCAGAAUCCCUCCUACGUCAUAGAUAAGAGGAAAUUCACUCAGAAAACGUAUAGGAGGGGCAAGAAGAGGCCGCUGGUGCACUCACAAAAGAGAAGGUGUAUCUCAGAUGAAAAUGAUAAAUCAUUUAAAAAUCAUAAUAUGUCUACCAAUCUCAGUGAGCACAAUGACGUAAAAGCGGUAACUAGUCGAAAUAUUCCAGACUCAGAUUGUACCAGAACCACAGCAACUCUGAACCAAAAUUCACCGAAGGUGAAGUCCAGUGAAGCUGUAGGGUGUAUAAUCACCCCUUUUAGUGGCUGGUCUCAGGACAGCAACAGCUCUGCAUGCCUCCCAGGAUUCCAACCCAUUUUACAGAAGCUGUCAGAUGAGUCCACAAUAGGAACUCCAGUGAAAGAAAACCUCUGGCAAUUGUUUAACAUGGACUGUGAUUCUGAUUUCUGAGGGUUUUAGAUGAUGAGAAAAAUGACUUGGUGAACAGAAAACAUUUCUUUUCUUAUGUUUCAUGUAUUUAGUUUAUUAAGUUAUGGUUUCUUCAACAUGAAACACGUUUUAAUGAGAAAGACAUUAUUGCACAUAUUAGUAUAUCAGCUUGUAUUCUUUUUCUAGAAAAUAGUUAAGUGUCUCUGUAGAAAAAUAAAAAUUCUGUAUUCUAGUUUUAAAUGUAUUAUUCAGAAUAAAGGGGCUUUGCAAACAACA